AUGGCUCGUUUAGCUAAUAAUCCGGCCGUAUCCCGGGUUCUUUCUGGGAAUACGAAGCCAACAACGCAAGCAACUGCAGGAGUCACAACGAACUCCAUUGAACUGGAUUUUGUGAAAAGGCGCUUCCUUCAGCAGAAUAAAGUGUUAGCCACUAAGAAUUCAGAGCUCAUGGCAAGAAUUAGUAAGUUGGAGGACCAAUUGGCAUCUGCUCAGAGCGAAAAUCUUUCUCUACGAAAUGCUGAGGUCAAGAUGAGGGAUCAUUAUGGGAAAAGUUUAGACUCGCUGGAAAUAGAUGUCAUAGAGAAGUUUGAGAGUAUACUCUCACAGAUAAAUCGCAUGCGCCGCGAACUAUCAGUUAGUGAGACUAUAGCCGAAAGCCGACUAAGAGAACUAAAAGAGGCAAAGAUACAGGAAAUCAGAAAUCGAGAACAGCAAAACACAGAACGUUGGAAACGACGGAGAAGAAGCCUUUCGAUACGAGCAGAAACCAUUGACCCGCAAACGCCUGUCGUGAUCUCGACUCCUGAGCCGGAGCGCCCAGUUGUUAAUGAUCUCUGCACACCAGCUGCUGUUGACACCGGAAACGCUGCCCAUAAGGAGAUGGUCGAUAUAUCUGGACCUUCAGAUGUUGGAGAGGUUGUGCGUGAACAGUUGACACAUUGUCCACCUGCAGACACAAAUGUCUCUCCUGAGCUUCUAGCAACCCCUCCCCAAUCCAAAGGAAGAGAGACGAAAGCCAUCGAAAUUCAGAGCCGAUCUCCGGAAGAUCUCCCGAAACCAAAACGCCCAACAAUUUACCAAGACAAUGUCGACCCGCUCUCUAUGCCCACUCGUGCAAACAAGCGUAAAUCCUUUUCGCCUCACCACACAGUUCACAAGCUGCGACGGAAGUCUAUUAUUGGAGAAUCUUCAGACGCCAAAUCACGGCGUGCAACCAUUAUAGGAGUCAGAAGAAGCCGCAAAACGCAAAGAGAAACCUUGUCGCAAGUUGAUUUGAAUGUGCUUGCUCAAUCGCAGAAUCGGGAGGAAACCCCGGCAGAUUCAGUUUUCGAUUUUAUGGAGACCACUGUUAAUCUUCCGUCGCACAGCUAGAGGUAUAGAGGAGAUUAAUUAAUGCGCUACACACUCAUAUGCAUCUUAAUUGGACCAUAUGGUUCGUAGUCCUUCACUUCAAAGUCUUCAAAUCUGAAAUCAUCGAUGGAGGUUACUUUUCUAUUGAUAUUCAGUGUUGGAAAUGCACGUGGGGUCCGCUUGAGCUGUUCCUUGAGGGCAUCGACAUGAUCGCAAUACACGUGAGAGUCGCCCAUGGUAUGAAUAAACUCUCCUGGCUCCAUAUUCACGACAUGUGAGAUCAUAUGAGUCAGAAGCGCGUAGGAGGCUAUAUUAAAUGGAACGCCGAGACCCAUGUCACAGGACCGCUGGUACAUGAUGCAACUAAGCUGCGGUUUGGAGUUUUUGGGGAAACUAACAUAAAACUGACAGAAAACAUGGCAUGGUGGAAGAGCCAUGUCCUUGAAAGCCGGAGGAUUCCAUGCGCUCAAAAUAAUUCUUCUAUCGUAGGGGUUGGUUCUCAAAGUAUCAAUGAUUUUGGCCAGCUGAUCGUAACCUUUGCCUGUGUAGUCUGUAUCGGCGUCGACAUAUUCUGCCCCAAAGUGUCUCCAUUGGAAGCCGUAAACUGGACCGAGAUCUCCUUCCCGCCUGUGUGUCAGGCCGAGCGAGUCAAGAUACUCUCUAGAUCCAUUUCCUUCCCAUAUUUUGACGCCCUUCUCGGUCAGUUUCUUGGCAUCUGUCUCUCCAGCAAUAAACCAGAGAAGUUCGUGAAGGAUACCUUUGAAAAACACCUUUUUGGUUGUCAAUAGAGGGAGUUUGUUGUCUUUCAGUGAGAAACGCAGCUGCGGAGGGGCAAAAAUAGAGUAAGUACCGGUACCAGUACGAUCUGGACGGUGUUCUCCUUCGCUGAUGAUGCGCUGGCACAGA